AUGUACAUCAAAGAGGUUUGUUUGGAAGGAUUCAAAUCAUACGCUACAAGAACAGUUGUCCCAGGUUUUGAUCCUUACUUCAAUGCUAUAACGGGACUAAACGGAUCCGGGAAAUCGAACAUUCUCGAUUCGAUUUGCUUCGUAUUAGGUAUCACUAAUUUGCAGCAGGUUCGAGCUUCGAAUCUACAAGAGCUUGUGUACAAGCAAGGACAAGCUGGUAUCACGAAGGCGACUGUGUCGGUUGUGUUUGAUAACUCUGAUAGGAGUAGAAGUCCCCUUGGCUAUGAAGAUUGCCCCGAAAUCACUGUCACGCGCCAGAUUGUGGUUGGUGGGAGGAACAAGUACUUGAUCAAUGGACACCUUGCGCAGCCAAGUAGAGUGCAAAAUCUUUUCCACUCAGUGCAGCUUAAUGUCAACAAUCCACAUUUUCUGAUAAUGCAAGGGCGCAUUACCAAGGUAUUAAACAUGAAACCUCCUGAAAUAUUGUCCAUGCUUGAAGAAGCUGCUGGAACAAGAAUGUAUGAAACAAAGAAGGACGCGGCUUUGAAGACCCUUGAGAAAAAGCAGGGUAAGGUUGAUGAGAUCAACAAACUUCUUGAUCAGGAAAUACUUCCUGCACUAGAGAAACUGAGGAAAGAGCGAAUGCAGUACAUGCAAUGGUCUAAUGGGAAUGCCGAAUUAGAUAGACUGAAAAGGUUUUGUAUUGCUUAUGAAUACGUACAAGCAGAGCAAAUUCGAGAUAAUGCAGUUAAUGGUGUUGAUGAGAUAAAGGCCAAGAUGUCUGAGAUUGAUAAUGAUACAGGGACUAUGCAAACAGAGGUGCAAGAGAUGGAGACACAUGUGUCAAAGUUAACUGUUGAAAAAGAUGCAACCAUGGGUGGGGAGGUUAAAGGUUUGUCAGACAGAGUUGAUGCUAUUUCUUGUGACCUUGUUAAGGAAGCAUCUGUACUUAAAAAUCAAGAGGACAAUCUCAUGACCGAGACUAAAAAUGCUGUAAAGAUCGAAAAAAAUAUUGAAGAACUGAAGCAGUCUGCGGAAGAUAGAGCUUCUGCUGUAAAGAGUGCAGAAGAUGGAGCGGCUGAUCUGAAGAAGAGAGUGGAGGAGCUAGCAAAGAGUUUGGAAGAGCAUGAGAAAGAGUACCAGGGUGUAAUUGCUGGUAAGAGCAGUGGUAAUGAAGAGAAGUGCCUUGAAGAUCAACUAGGUGAUGCUAAAGUGGCAGUUGGAAAGGCAGAAACUGAGCUGAAGCAAUUGAAAACAAAGAUAAGCCAUAGUGAAAAGGAGCUAAAGGAAAAUAAAGCCAAGUUAUUGUCAAAGCGUGAUGAAGCUGUUGCUGUAGAAAAGGAGCUCAAAAUCAGACAGAAGGAUGUGGAAAGUGUUGAAAGGGCUUUGAAAUCUCUCUCGCAUGAUGAAGGGCAGAUGGAUGGUCUACAAAAGGAUCGAAUGAUGGAGUCUGAAACAAUAAAUAAAAUAAAAGAGGAAAUCCGGAUGAUUUCUUCAAGAUUGGGAAACAUUCAGUUUACUUAUCGUGAUCCUGUGAAGAACUUUGACAGGGCGAAAGUCAAAGGUGUGGUUGCAAAGCUCAUUAAAGUGAAAGAUAGCUCCACAAUGACCGCCUUGGAGGUUUGUGCAGGUGGAAAGUUGUAUAAUGUUGUGGUAGACACUGAAAACACAGGAAAACAACUUCUUCAAAAUGGUGAUCUUAGAAGAAGAGUGACAAUUGUUCCUUUGAACAAAAUUCAAAGCCAUCCUGUCCCACCUAGAGUUCAAAAUGCUGCUGUUAAAUUGGUAGGUAAAGGCAAUGCUGAAGUUGCACUUACUUUGGUUGGUUAUGAUGAUGAACUCCAGAGUGCAAUGGAAUAUGUGUUUGGUUCAACUUUCGUCUGCAAGACCAGUGAUGUUGCACGAGAGGUUGCUUUCAAUCGGCAAGUUAGUACCCCAAGUGUGACGUUAGAAGGUGACAUAUUUCAACCAAGUGGACUCCUGACUGGUGGUUCUCGCAAGGGUGGUGGUGAUCUAUUAAGGCAACUUCAUGCUUUGUCAGAGGCUGAGUCAGAAUUAUCUCUACAUCAGAAGCGGCUAAUAGAAAUUGAAGCAAAGAUCAAUGAGCUCCUUCCCGUUCAGAAAAAGUAUAAUGACCUCAAGACUCAGUUGGAACUCAAGACAUAUGACCUAUCACUAUUCCAGAGCAGGGCUGAACAGAAUGAGCAUCAUAAGGUGAGUGAAAUAGUAAAAAGGAUUGAGCAGGAGCUUGCAGAAGCGAAAUCUGCUGUUAAUGAAAAGCAAGCCUUUUAUAAAGAAUGUGUAACUGAAGUGGAAACUCUUGAAAAAUCAAUUCACGAUCAUGCCAACAAUCGGGACCGUAGGCUCAAAGAUCUGGAGAAAAAGAUUAAGGCAGUGAAGACAAAAAUGCAGUCAGCUUCAAAGGACCUCAAGGGGCAUGAAAAUGAAAGGGAGAAACUUAUAAUGGAAAUGGAAGCUGUCAAACAAGAACAGGCAUCAUUGGAGAACCAAUUAGCUUCUUUACAGAAGCAGAUUAGUGUGUUAACUUCUGAAGUGGAUGCACUCAAGGCCAAGGUCACAUCAUUGAGAGAUGAACAUAGCCAAGCACAAUCAGAGCUCAAUGCAGCCCGUACGAAGGUCAAGGAAUGUGAUUCACAAAUUAGUUCCAUUCUCAAAGAGCAACAAAAACUUAAAAAUAGGAUUGGUGAGAAAAAUCUUGAGAGGAAAAAGUUGGAAAACGAGGUGAAACGUAUGGAAAUGGAGCAGAAAGACUCUUCUUUGAAGGUGGAUAAAUUGAUUGAAAAGCAUGCUUGGAUAACUUCUGAGAAACAGCUUUUUGGAAGAAGUGGAAGUGACUACGAUUUCACAUCUCGUGAUCCACACAGAGCAAGGGACCAAUUUGAAAAGCUGCAGGCUGAACAAGCAGGCCUUGAGAAGAGGGUGAACAAGAAAGUUAUGGCCAUGUUUGAGAAAGCAGAAGAUGAGUACAAUGAUUUGAUAUCCAAGAAGAACAUUAUUGAGAAUGAUAAGUCAAAGAUUAAGCUGGUGAUUGAAGAGCUUGAUGAGAAGAAAAAGGAGACGCUGAAAGUCACAUGGGUUAAGGUGAACAGCGAUUUUGGAUCCAUAUUUUCUACUCUGUUACCUGGCACAAUGGCAAAGCUAGAACCACCAGAGGGCGGUACAUUUUUGGAUGGGUUAGAGGUCCGUGUGGCAUUUGGGGGUGUUUGGAAACAGUCAUUGUCCGAACUUAGUGGAGGACAACGAUCUCUACUUGCGCUUUCGCUAAUUUUGGCGUUGCUACUUUUCAAACCAGCUCCACUUUAUAUACUGGAUGAGGUUGAUGCAGCUCUUGAUCUGAGUCACACCCAGAACAUUGGGAGGAUGAUCAAAUCUCACUUUCCACAUUCACAGUUCAUUGUUGUAUCGUUGAAAGAGGGCAUGUUCAACAAUGCCAAUGUUCUUUUCCGUACAAAAUUUGUGGAUGGUGUCUCGACUGUUCAGAGGACAGUUGCAUCAAGGCAGACCAAAUAAUCCUGUUUUUCAACCGCGGUGGUUGAGGAUCUGUGAAUUAGAGGUUUGAAAAAUGUUGUGCAAUGACUUAUUGUGUAAAUUUGAUUAUCCAAAGCAGAAAGCUUUUGUUCUAAUUAUCUUGUAUUAUUAUUAUUAUUGUUAUUAUUAUUAUUAUU